CUAUUGCUAUUACUUGUCUGUUGGCUUGACAGCUGUGGCUGCCUGGGGGGAGAGUCCUCAUUGGGGUGCCCAGCGUCAAAAUGUCCACGGAGGCUGCCUGGCACAGCCCCCUACCAUUGUUGCUGCUGCCCCUGUUUUCUUUCCUCUCAGGGGUGUUUUGGGUGGCCACUUUGUCUGUCCAUUUCCCCAUGGGGUGGAGGUGGGGGUGGAAGGGGCUGGCCAGGCACUGGUUUGGGGCAGUUUGGAUUGGGGCAGGAAAAGGAGACACAAAUGGCUUUAAACCCACUCUGGUGUGGAUGGGCUUCCCUCCCACCCCCAAACUGCUGUACUGCCCCCUGAUGUGUGGGGCAGCCCCAGCCGCCACCACCCGACCGCCUUCUGCUCUUGCAAAUGCUCCCUCUGCCCCUCUGUAAAUGUGGGGAGAGGCUUUGGCCCUUUGGGUCUGCUCUCAUUUGGCUCUCUCUUUCCUCUCUGCAGACUCCUUCGUGAACAGCCAGGAAUGGACCCUCAGCCGCUCGGUGCCUGAGCUCAAAGUGGGGAUUGUGGGAAACCUCUCCAGCGGGAAAUCAGCUUUGGUCCAUCGCUACCUGACAGGCACCUAUGUCCAGGAGGAGUCCCCUGAAGGUGGCCGGUUCAAAAAGGAGAUUGUGGUGGACGGCCAGAGUUACCUGUUGCUGAUUCGAGAUGAAGGAGGGCCUCCCGAGCUGCAGUUUGCAGCCUGGGUGGACGCAGUGGUCUUUGUCUUCAGCCUGGAGGACGAGAUCAGCUUCCAGACCGUCUACAACUACUACUUGCGCCUCUGCAGCUACCGCAACACCUCCGAGGUGCCCAUGGUGCUGGUGGGCACCCAAGAUGCCAUCAGUGCCACCAAUCCCCGGGUGAUAGAUGACUCCCGGGCCAGGAAGCUCUCCAACGACCUGAAGCGCUGCACCUACUACGAGACGUGUGCCACCUACGGCCUCAAUGUGGAGCGGGUCUUCCAGGACGUGGCCCAGAAGGUGGUGGCCCUCCGAAAGAAGCAGCAGCUCUCCAUUGGCCCCUGCAAGUCGCUGCCCAACUCACCCAGCCAUUCCUCCGUCUCGGCCUCCUCCAUCCCCUCCGUUCACAUCAACCAGGCGGCCAACGGGAGUGGGGCCUUCAGCGACUACUCGUCCUCCGUGCCCUCCACCCCCAGCAUCAGCCAGCGGGAGCUGCGGAUCGAGACCAUUGCCGCCUCCAACACGCCAACGCCCAUCCGCAAGCAGUCCAAGCGCCGGUCCAACAUCUUCACAUCGCGGAAAGGCACGGACGUCGAGCGGGAGAAGAAGGCGCCCGAGUGCAAGGGGGACACCAUCGGCAGCGGGAGGGCCAUCCCCAUUAAACAGGGGGUCCUCCUGAAGCGCAGCGGGAAGUCCCUGAACAAGGAAUGGAAGAAGAAGUAUGUGACGCUCUGCGACAACGGGGUCCUGACCUAUCACCCCAGCCUCCACGACUAUAUGCAGAACAUCCAUGGAAAGGAGAUUGACCUACUGCGGACGACGGUCAAAGUGCCAGGCAAGCGGCUCCCACGAGCCACCACCACAGCCACCACGGCCCCCAGCGCCAGCCCCAAAACCAAUGGCCUGGCCAAGGAGAGGAGCAGUGCCCAGUUCCCAGGAGGGUCCAGUGCCCCCCCCUUGGCCAGCAGCACCUCCUUGCUUUCGGAGCGCUCAGGCAGUGGCACCAACCUGGUCAGCUUCAAUGUGAAGCCGGAUGGUGGCGGCGGCAGCAGCGGAGGUGGCAGCGGCAUGCACCAGAGGUCUUACUCGGUUUCCAGCGCUGACCAGUGGAGUGAAGCCGUCAUCAUCCCCAGCACUGGAGGAGGCCACCCAGCCAACGGCGGUGGCGGCAUAGCAGACACCCUCAGCUCCAGCCCAAACGUCUCCAGCGCAGCCAGCCCCAAACUGGAGCCCCCGCCCUCCCCACACGCCAACCGGAAGAAGCACCGCCGGAAAAAGAGCACCAGCUCCACGCGCCCAGAUGGGGCAGGCACUGCCCCCGAAGAGCAAGACGAGUCCUUUGAGUUCAUCAUUGUGUCGCUGACGGGCCAAUCGUGGCUUUUCGAGGCCUCUACAGCAGACGAGCGGGAGCUCUGGGUCCAGGCCAUCGAGAGCCAGAUCCUGGCCAGCCUCCAGGGCUGUGAGAGCAGCAAGAACAAGGCCCGGCUGGGUGGCCAUGGUGACGCACUCGCUCUGCAGUCGAUCCGGACGGUGCGCGGGAAUAGCUUCUGCGUGGACUGCGAUGCACCCAACCCGGACUGGGCCAGCCUGAACCUGGGGGCCCUGAUCUGUAUCGAGUGCUCGGGCAUCCACCGCAACUUGGGCACCCACCUCUCGCGCGUCCGCUCCCUGGACCUGGACGACUGGCCGUUGGAGCUGGUGAUGGUGAUGACAGCCAUUGGCAACACGGUGGCCAACUCCGUCUGGGAGGGGGCCGUGGAGAACUACCCCCACCCUGGGCCAGACAGCUCCAGAGAGGAAAAGGAGCGCUGGAUCAGGGCCAAGUACGAGCAGAAGCUGUUCCUGGUCCCCUUGCCCCACUCGGACGUGCCGCUGGGCCAGCAGUUGCUCCGGGCCGUGGUGGAGGACGACCUGCGGGCAGUGGUCACUCUCCUGGCACAUGGCACCAAGGAGGAGGUCAACGAGACGUACGGGGACGGAGACGGCCGGACGGCUCUGCAUCUCUCCUGCUCCAUGGCAAAUGUGGUCUUCACGCAGCUCCUCAUCUGGUACGGAGUGGAUGCAAAAGGACGGGAUGCCCGGGGCCAGACCCCGCUGGCCUAUGCCCGGCGCGCCGGCAGCCAGGAAUGUGUGGACAUCUUGCUCCAGCAUGGGUGCCCCAGCGAUGCCGCCCCUGGCACCACGGGCCCCCUGACCCCCAGCCUCCCCCGGCGCAACACCAACAACAAUGCCGCCUCGACCUGCUCCGAGGCCCCCUGCCCAGCCACCCACUGAAGGGCCCUCCCUGCCCCCACCCACUGUCCCCUCUCAGGAGGGGGUUCGGCCCCAGUCAGCAAGAAGCAAGGGCAGCUCGUCAGCCUUCCUCCUGCCCACGGUGCCUGAGGACAUGAGGAGGGGGGCUCUGGGUGGCCCAGACUAUCACCCCAGCAGGGGGCCAGGAAUUAUGUGAGCCCCCCUGGAAAAAGGGAAGUGGACCCACGUGCCCCCCCCCCCCGAAAAAGACAGGCCCUGCGCAGCUCCCCUCCCUGACCCCCAGCCCCCCUUUU